CAACAAUCAUUUUCACCAACCUACUGCAAGCUAAGAAACUGCUACUGCCCCAUUUCUUAGCGCUUGAUGUACCGUUGUGAAAGCGACCGACUUUUCUCAUCCGAACUUUUUUUUUUUCCUUUCCAGGGUUUCGAAGAUCUCCAUUCUCCAUGAUCCCGCUUCAACGAAGCCAACCACCCAAACCCACUCGUUCCAUUGAAUAGAAGUCUGCCUGAUAUUUCAUCGAUCGGUAUAAUGGAGGACUCUACGCUCAAGGAGCGCCUCCUUAAUUCCCAGAAGUCUUUCGAUGGCCUCCUCUCCUUAAUACCUGCCAAAAUGUACUAUGGCGAGGAAACAAGUGACCAAUGGAAACGAAAGAAACAGACCAAAGCCGAGGCCGCUGCUGCUAGGCGAAACAAGUUAGAUCCAGACAGCGAAUUAAAUCGAAGCGUCAAGGAAGUCAUGGAUGAACAAGCCCAGAAGAAGCGAAAGCGCGAUCAGAUGCAGGAUGGCGACGAGGACGAUUGGUCUGAUGUGGAUGGAGUCGAGACAGAGAAGCCGGGCGAAGGAUUGAAAAAGAAGGCAUCGAAGGAUGCCAAGAAGAAACUGAAGAAGUCAGACGAAGAGCAACCCGAGUUGAGUGAAAAGGAGCGACGAAAGGAAGAAAAGAAGGCCGCGCGAAAGGAGCGAAAGGCAGAGCGACAGUUAUUAAGAGAGGAAGAGGCAGCCUUCCAGAGACAGACUAUCAAGGGUGUUAACAAGAUCAAGCUGGGAUCUAGAGAAACAAGGCCCGACGCGGUACCGAGCGACGAUGCCCAAGUCACUGACAUUAACAGAGACGACAAUGAUGCUAAACCUUCAGACGUAAAAGAUCUAGACGUCGCUGGCCUUGUUGAUCCUGCUGACGAACAAAACUCCACCUCUGCUCCGUCACCUCCAUCAGAACCUCAAUCACCAAUCUUUGAUACCAACGGCACGCCCGCCGACUCAACCGGCCAAGCCCCCAGCACUACCACAUCCGUAUCCUCCACAGCUCCAGCUCCAGCCGAAAAGCCGAAGCAUAUAAAAGUACCCACUGAUGACACCAACCUUCGAGCACGUCUUGCCGCAAGGCUACAAGCCCUUCGCGAGGCCCGAAAAGCCGAUGUCGACGGGAAGCCCAUACGUACUCGCCAGGAACUUAUCGAGGCACGCCGUCAAAAACAAGCCGAACGCAAAGCCCAUAAGAAGGAGCUGCGCCGGCAGGCUAAGGUAGAAGCUGAUCGAAAACGUGAGGAGGCACUAGCAUCUGCUCGAAACUCGCCCGGUAGCAUUCUCAGUCCGGCCAUUGACCUGGACGACAACAACUUCUCCUUCGGCCGUGUUGGCUUUGGUGACGGUUCUCAAUUAUCUCACGAUCUCACCCACGUCUUGAAUGGCGCCAAAAAGAAGGGCCCAUCAGAUCCGAAGACGGCUCUUCAGAAGUUAGAGAACCAGAAAAAGCGACUGGAAGGCAUGGACGAAGAGAAGCGAAAGGAUGUUGAAGAUAAGGAACUUUGGCUAACUGCGAGGCGGCGCGCGGAAGGCGAGAAGAUCAAGGAUGACGAGAAGCUGCUGAAGAAGGCGGUCAAACGCAAGGAGACGGCAAAGAAGAAGAGUGAGAAGGACUGGACAGCCAGGAAGGAAGGUGUCGCCAAGUCAAUGAAGGACCGACAGAAGAAGCGAGAAGAAAACAUUAGAAAACGAAGAGACGAGAAGCUCUUGGGCAAGGCCGGCAAGAAGAAGGGGGCUAAGAAGAGCAAGGGCCGGGCAGGUUUUGAAGGGUCUUUCAUAGGCGGCGGCAAAAAGAAAUGAGAUAGGUAGCCUUAUGAUCAUAAUGGAGUUGGUUGUCUCCCUCAACAACCAUAGAUGCUUCUCGAUGCGUAUAUACAACGUGUUUUCAGGCAUUGGUAAUGCCAUAGGC